GCCACUGUGGUCCUGGGCAGCAGUGGUGACAGCCAUGGCGACACAGCCUAGAGCCUGGAAUGCUGCAGCUAACUCGAGUCGGGAAAAUGCGACAGCGACUGCCCACUCGAGGUCGUCAUGGCGACAGCCAGUGAACGUGUUCCUCUCCUCGGGCAGGCCCCCGAGUGUAGAGGAGCUGCUUCGCGAGGCGCAGCUCAAUCUCCAGAGCCUGUUGCAAGAAGAAUAUGAGGAACAGUACUCGGAGGCCAGACUUCUGGGGCAGACCUUCCGCUCUUCUGAUGAGGCCCCUGAGCCCACCCCCAGCUCAAGGCCCCAGUCUGCCAAACGUCUGGAGUUUGUGUUGAUGCCUACAAAACGGCAGCUGAGCGAGGAUGAGACUACCACCCAGGGUGUGAGGGCCCCAGAGGCCCUGAACCUAUCUGCAGCCGACAAGCCAACUGCCUGGAAUGGCCCCUUCCCUUUGCCCAUCCUAGAGGAGAAGCGGUGGCCUCAGCCCUGCUCCACGCACUCUGACCUUGUGCCCAUCAACAUCUCUGGGCAGCAGUUUGAUAAACAUGCAAGUUUGCGACACUCGUUGUUUAACACAGAAACAGCCGUGAACCCCAAGUCCACCCUGAGGCGAAGGCGGACCAUUAUUGGAUUCUCUAACUUUUCCCAGCGAGACCAAGGUCACAGCAACAGCCCAGCAGGCAGUGUGGCUCGAUCUAUCACCUCAGACACCAGGCCCGGCCACUCAGCUCCACAAAGUGUUCACGGAAGAGUUGCUGUUGGGCAAGAAGCUCGGUUCCCAAAUCUCACCUCUCCAGGACUGAGAAAUCCUUCUAGUGAGCCUGAAGAUCCUCACCAGGCACAUAGUGGCCUAGACCCUCCUGGCAUGGAGAGCAUGGGAAUGGUGUACAGUGUCCCCAGUUCUUGCAAUGGACCAACAGAAUCAACGUUCUCUGCUUCCUGGAAGGGAGAUGCUUUUACUUAUGUAACUCCAAGUGCCACUAGUCAGAGCAGUCAAGUCAAUGAAAAUGGAAAAAAUCUUUCCUCGGGGAAUACUUGGGUCUCUCUGAACACACUUCCACCUCUGGUUCCUAAGGAGGCAGCUUCCCUCUUUGCUGCCCGUGAUAACCCAACAGGAUGUAGUGGGCUAACUGGCUACUCUGAGCACCCUACUCAACGAAGGCAAGUGCCAGAAAGACCCCCUAAGAUUGGCCUUCUGACUGGUGGUACCUCAAGGCUUGAGACAGGCCCAGGUGGGACCAGCAGAUUCCGGGAGAGGUCAUUAUCUGUGCCCACAGACUCAGGCACCACAGAUGUAGACUAUGAAGAAGAACAGAAGGCCAGCGAGGCCUGUGCCCUGCCUUAUGCCAGUACAAGCUCUGAGGGCAGUAACAGUGCUGACAACAUUGUAUCCCUUAGUGCUGAGCAGGAGGCCAGGCACAGAAGGCAGAGAUCCAAAAGUAUCUCACUCAAGAAGGCCAAAAAGAAGCCUUCCCCACCAACACGCAGUGUCUCACUGGUCAAAGAUGAGCCAGUCCUCUUGCCAGAAGGUGGAUCAGCACUGCCCAAGGACCAGAGGCCCAGGAGCCUUUGCCUCUCUUUGGAACACCAAGGACAUAACCUGUCCCACCCAGAUGCUCAGGGUCACCCAGCUGUGCCAACCCUCAAAGAUCCAGAAGGUACACAAUUCUCCCACCACUGGUAUCUUACCGAUUGGAAGUCUGGUGACACCUAUCAGUCCUUGUCUAGCUCCAGCACUGCCACGGGCACCACGGUCAUUGAGUGCACCCAAGUUCAGGGCAGCUCAGAAUCUCUUGCCUCUCCUUCCACCUCCAGAGCCACAACACCUUCCCAACUCUCCAUCGAGGUAGAGGCCAGGGAGGUAUCCUCCCCAGGAAGGCCCACUGGACUGAUGUCACCUUCUAGUGGAUACUCCAGCCAGUCAGAGACACCAACACCCACUGUCUCCAUGACCUUGACCCUGGGCCACUUACCCACUCCAAGCAGCAGUGUCCGGGUACGUCCAGUGGUACCUGAAAGAAAGUCAUCACUACCCCCGACAUCACCAAUGGAGAAAAUUUCCAAGUCACGUCUAUCUUUUGACCUACCAUUGACCUCUUCAGCUAACCUAGAUCUGUCUGGGAUGAGUAUCUCCAUUCGCAGCAAAACCAAGGUGAGCCGCCAUCACUCAGAUACUAAUUUUGGGGCCAAGCUGGCACAGAAAACUAGUCCCAACCAGCCAAUCAUGCCCAUGGUUACUCAGUCUGACUUGCGUUCUGUUCGUCUGAGGUCAGUCAGCAAAUCUGAGCCAGAAGAUGACAUUGAGAGCCCAGACUAUGCUGAGGAACCUGCAGCAGAAGUCUUCACCUUGUCAGAAAGAAAGGUGAAACCUCCCAUAGCUGAGAAGCCUCCACUAUCCCGAAGGCCUCCAAGCUUGACCCACAAACCACCAUCUGUCCCAGAGGAAUACCCACUAACUUCACCUGUGACCCCCAAGAAUGCCAUUCAACAUGUGAGGCCGCUCCCCCAAGACAGCUACACGGUGGUGCGGAAACCAAAGUCCUCCAACUUCCUUGAUGGCCGGAGCCCAGGGGAGUCAACAGUACCCUCAUCUCUUGUUUUCACGCCUUUUGCCAGUUCCUCUGGUGCUUUCUUCUCAGGAACACAGCAACCUCCCCAGGGAUAUAUGGAGGAUGAAGGCCUCAAGAUGAGAGCCCUGCCUGAAAGAAUUAGCCUCCAGAGUCAGGAAGAAGCUGAGAGAAAGACAAGCAAGAUUCCACCUCCUGUACCAAAAAAGCCCAGUGUGCUAUACCUGCCUCUCACCUCUCCAGUAGCUCAAAUGGAAGCCUAUAUGGCAGAACCAAGACUGCCUCUGAGUCCCAUCAUCACCCUGCAAGAAGAUGCCAAGUAUAACCCCAUCAGGGAUGACCUGCCUGGUAAAAGGACAACUUCAGCUCCAGCGGUUGACAAUGAAAAGGAGGCAAGCUCUCUGGGGAGUUCUGUGGAACCAAGCACCGAAGAGAAAAGUUUAAUCAGUGAUAAAACAGCCGAAUGGAUUGCGGAGGAGGAUGAUGACGUGUUUGUGGCUUCACGCACAACUGAAGAUUUAUUUACUGUGAUACACAGGUCCAAAAGAAAACUGCUUGGCUGGAAGGAGCCUGGGGAGGGCUUUGCCGGCAGCAGACCGAGCUCUCACUCACCAGUAAAGAACACAGCUGAUUCUCCAAUCAGUGAGUCUGCCACCAUUGCAGGGUCAAGCAGCAUUGCCAGCCUAGAUGCUGGCAGAAAUGAUGAUUUCAAGGCCUUGCUCCUGAAGAAGGGAAGUAAGGCAGCUCCAAGGUCCCGCCCCUCAGCAGCUGAACUGCUGAAGACCACUAACCCACUGGCUAGGAGAAUUAUUGCACAGUUUUCAAAAGACUAUGAAAACACCGAUAACUCCAGUACCUAAGCCCUGAGUUUGACAAGCAGGAUUUACUUACUAAACUUGAGUAGAGAAGGGGGAAGAGAAAGGGUUAUAAAAAGGAACCAUGGGAAUCACAAAAGAGCCUACAUUUCUUUUACAUUAACUCACACUCUGGACAGCAGGAGAGAGGCUACUUCAACUAGUGCCGAAAUUGUCAGGCGCUGGAAUCGUCUUUAGAUAUUUUGCAUUUCCAUAUUUACACCCUUGCCAUGACUGGUUACUGGGUUUCUUCUUGUUUUUCCCCAGUGGUGUGCACUAACUAAGGAGGAAUUUUCAAAAGCAAAGGUUGUGCCACACUUUUCAUGCCACCUUUUCAAUCAAUGUCCUGGCUCCUCCAUUCUUGGCUUGUGUCACUGAGAGCCACAGUGGGAGAGCAGAUAAAGGGCUGCCAACCCCCUGGAUUGGGGCUAUUGGGUGCCAUUGCCAAUUAUUCAUUCUCAGGAGGAGGCCUUGACAAACCUGUGUGAAGAUACAGAAAAACAGCAAGGCCUCCUCAACCACAGUGUGAUUCCUCCAGCAAAUUUUGCAGGUGUGCACUUAUUUCGGCAUGGGGUUGAUUGGAUGGCUUUUGUGGUGCAAAAUAUGAAUGUGACUGUAUCCCGAAACUUUAUGCCUUUUUCAGUUUGUCUACACGGAGAUCAGGGUGAUGAAUUUCAAUAAAUUUAUAGGAACCCCCCAACAUUAUCUAGAAAAGGUCUGGACUGGGUGGAUUUGGAUGAACCAAGCUCAGCCAGCAAAUGAAGUAGCUGUUUGUUCCCUCAGCUCUAUCCAAGGUAACCCGCACAUGCGCCUUGAGGUCCUUCAAGUGUCAGUUGAUGUGGAUAGCCAAGAUCUGUGCCCAGAUCAUGCUGCAUUCUAAGACCUCUUGUUUCAUUUGCAUAUAACAUUCCAGUACAGGAAGUAAUUAGCUGAAGGACCAGUGUCAUCAAGGGCUCAAGGAGGACAGAAAGUAAGUGCAUUUUGCCCCACACCAUUCAAUUCAGAUGGCACUUUGUGGUUGGUUGGGUUUUGUUUAAAGGAAUUCUGACUCUAUUCCAAAAACGAAGAACUUACAGAUUAAAAGGAUCUACCCAGAAUCUAAAAGGCAACCUUGUAAGUUGCCAUGGCCCAUAAUCCAAAAAGGGCUACUUUUUGUCAUUUACAUUCUGCUGUUUGUCCAACUUUCAGUUAACUGUGCUGGGGGAGUAUAUAAGAACUCGGGUAAAUGGGAUGCUGAAAGAAUUUCAGAACAGUGAUUGCAGCCCCUCCCCCAUCCAAAAUAUCAGGCACUAAAUAUUCUUGUAAGCUCCAUUUUCUAAGCAGAGCAAGAGCAAUGAUUCAUUUGAUUUCCACAUCCCUAAUUUCAGGGAGUUGAAGACAAGACAGGAAAAGCAUUGAACAGAGAAAACCUUCUGACUGAUGUUGGAAAGUUUUAAUUGUCUACCGGUCCCAAGAGGUAAAGAGAAAGUCAAAUGAAAUUGUAGUCUGCUUCACAGAGAGGGUUCUCAGGCCCCUUCCUCCUUCAUGCCUGCCCUACAGACUCACUUGUCAAUCUCCUGGAGGAUGCAUCAAGAGUUCCAGAGACAAGCAGAUCUCAAUUUUGAUAGGACACAUUCCUCCCCAAUGAGAAGCAAGUUCUUAGCUCAACUGCCCACACUCCAGUUGGACAAAGCAACUGAAAACCCACUCUAAGUGCUGAGAAGACUCAGGCCUCUCACGUAGAUUUCCUAGGCCUAGGCUACUGGUUGGUCCAGUUCUGAAUUCUAGACUAACAGGAACAGCCAGGCCCACCAACUCCCUUGCAAUCAGCAUUUCCCCCCAGUUUAGAAAGAAGCCACUGAGAAUGGUAGACAGCUGGUGAAAGUCCAGUUGUUUUUGAAAGUAUUUGAACUAUCUGGUUUGAAGGUCUUAACCAAGUUUCAGGGGGGUUGCCUGAAAUAAAAUAGAUUCAUCCCUAGCCUUAGUUUAUACGCGAAUGCCACACUUAUCUGUCCUGGACUCAGAAUUCCAAAUGAUGGAAACAUUUUGCUCUGGAAGGAAAUGAAGGAGUGUUUGUGUUUUUGCCUAACAAAAGUGAAAGGUUGCCAGGGCCUGCUCAUUGGGAACCAUUAUGAAUAGCUGAACUCUAAAGUAUGAGAGUAUAAUGUAGGACUUAUUACUUCUGCUGAUUUUUCUGGAAGCUUCUUAUUUGUGAGUCCUAGUAGGUUUUGCCUCUCCCCUCACCUUACUACCUAUGGAGAUAUUCCCAAAAGUUUCUAAAGCUGAAUGCCCAGACGCUUUGGUAUUUUACAAUUUCUGUGAUUCUUGCUUUCCUCUACAGAACUCCAUAUGCCUAGAAUUUUUUAAUAUCUUUGCAUCAUCAUUAUGGCCCUCAAAUGCCCAGUGGUGACCCCAUUAGCACAAGAGGAUUUUGGAGCAGAGAUUUUAUGUUCAGAGACAACAUUUAUGACUGGAAGUAUUCAUAUAAUAUUUUGCAAAAGGUGGAUCUAGUCCCAAACAACCAAACCAUAAAUCUUCAAUUCAUUGAUUAAAAUAACACCAAGCAUCUUUCCUGCUCCUAACACUCAACCUCUCUCCUGCACUUACCACUUUUUGUAGUGCUGAGGAUCAAACCCAGGGCCACAUGCAUGCAAGGCAAGUGCUUUACCAUUGAGCUACACCACCAGUCCUGUCUCGAUUAUCAUAACACUGACUCUCUCUCCCAUCCAGGCAUUUAUCACCAUGUUUGCCACCUUCUGGGCCUACUUUGCUAAGGCUGGAGAAGAGAGGUAGGAAUCCCCCUCCAGGAAGGCUCUCAGGAAAGCUACUACCACUACUAUGACUAGUAUGAAUAAUAAUGUGAAUAAUACCCAAAAGUGGAAUAGAGAAGAGAUUGGAGGGGAGUGAAGCUGGCCCCAGGAUGUCAGUUUCCAACUUCAGCCCUCCUAUUCCAACCAAAAAGUAGCAGGUGGUUUUGAUCUUGUCAUGAGCAGAGGAAACCAUCCCCAAAGAGGCAGUUAAUUGGUAUCUCAGAAUGCUUUGCAUGUGGUGAGGAUUCAUUACAUAUUUGUGGUUCUGAUGUGGACAUUAGUAACUUCUUAGUUCAAAGGCAGGCUUUGCUGGUGCCUCCUCUCUUUUGCCUGUACUACUUGCCCUGCCUAGACCUCCCACCUGGCCCCAAUUUGUCCCUUACCCCCAACACCCAUGAACCGCAGUCCUAGAUAACAGCUCAACCAUGAAGGACACAAGGCCACAGGCAGCCAAUAGUUCACAUUGGUUUAAUGACCAGAAGUUGAUCAGCUGAUAAUGACCUGGGGAAAUUACCAUGAAUGAAAAAUGACAACAGAGUCUCCAAAGCUGUUCUAACAAGCAUUUUGUCUGACAUCCACUUUAACUAUCUAGACAACACAAAUCCAAUUGUACCUAUCUCUUUGAGCAGAUCUGCCCAUGCACCUGUCCUCUUCCUCGUCCCAGAAUUAGUCAGGAAAAAAAAAACGAGUUCAUGCUCAGUGUUGUUUCUCACUGGCUCAGCCUUCCAUGUUUGCCAAGUCCGUGACACAAUGGUGAGCUUUUGCUUUAAUAUGACUUGCCAGGGCCAGGACUAGGGUGAGGUGAGCGAAGCGCCAAGGAGGCGCCUGCCUGCUCUCAGGGCCAUGCAAGUGCCUUACCCUCGUCCCGGCCCUGUGAUUUGCACUCUGCAAAGUGAUAUCAGUUUCUCUUCUUCCAAGUAUGGUUCUUCUGAUUUGGGAGGGUAACUUCCCAUCUGUUGUUGUACCAAAUGUUUUAUUGGUAUCUAUUCUUCCAUUCACUGCUAGAAGCCUUUGUAUGCCUACACAUUAUAUAAUCUUCAGAGUUAUCAGAAAACAGUUUAUUUCCAAGUAACCUGCUCCAUGUGACAAGUUGGCACCCAUUUCAGUAGGGACAGCCCUUCAUAAAAUAGUGAAUGAAUUGGAGGUCUGCCCCAGCCAUCUUCAGUCUCUUUCUGCUCCAUUCUCCUAGCACCAACUCUCCUUAGUGCCUCCUGCUUUGUUCUCCCCUCUCUAAGAAAACAUGCUCUCAGGAAAGGGAUAAAUUCAUUUACUUUGAGAUUAUAAAUAAGGCUUAAUGCUACCUCUUUUGAGGGUUGCUUGCAUUUUAACAGGGGAAAGCCUUAAGCCAAAGGAAUGAAGUUCUACUUGCAGAAUGUUAGGCAUCAACUAAUUGUAAAAGUAUAUUUUUCACCAUGGAAAGGCCAGAUUCCCUGAUGGCUAACUCCAGAGUAUAGAAAAUAACUUUAUCUCCAGGAAUAAUUAUAGAUAGUAGCUGAUGGUCAAUCAGAUUAUCCAGAAACCUAGUAUUGUUCAGUAUGGUUACUACCAAGGGACUCUCAGAAGUGGCUACUAAAAGUCACUGAGAAGGCCUAGAUCAUUCAUAUUGUACAUUAACAUGUUUAUGUAACAGAGUUAAUACUACUUAUCAUUUCAGUAAAAGAACACAAAGAUUUGAAGAGUUUGUGAAAAUGUGUCCUGUUUGUGAAAGAUGAAAUUGUCCAACCCAUGUCCAUCAAUGUCAGUCGUCCAGUAUUGGUAGUAGUAUUUAUUGGAGGUACAGCUUUAUUAAACAUAGGCCUCUGCUCUCCCUCCCCGCAUUUUAUCUCUGUUAUGUGCUAUCACUUCAGCUUGGUGUGAGAAUGAGACCAUAUUUAUAUCAGAGCACCCAGUCCCUUCAAAGCCUUUGCAUGUAUUUCAGCUAUAAGUAACAAAGAUUUAGAGAUUUAAAAUGAUGAGAGAGUGGGAAAGAGGCAUAAAGAAGUACUUUUGUCAAAGGGUAGAAAACAGUAUAAUGAUUUAAACAAUGAUAUGAAAUAAGGAAAGUUUUAGAGUACUUUGAAAUAGGUUUAUAGAGUUCUACAGUAGUAAAUGGUUAUGAACACAUAUUAGGGGCACUGCACUUUUAAUACAUUUAACAAAAAGAAAUUUGCAUGAGCAAUGGAUUAUUUAAGAUAGGUAUAUACUUUUGUUCAGUAAAGCCCAAAAUCUAGUCCAGUGAUUCUCAAAGUGUGGUUGCAGGACCAGCAACAGCAACAUCCAUGGAGGAGAGAGGGAGAGUGCAUAUGUGUGUGUGUGUGUGUGUGUGUGUGUGUGCGCACGCGCAUGUGCAUACAUGUGUGGUCCAGUGAUGUUACUCCUUCAAGGCCUUGAAUCACUAUAGCCACAACUCUUCAACUGAUCCCAACCUUUCCUAUUGUUUCGUCUGACAUUACACUGAUCAGUCACUGGCCAAAAGAUGUAUAUCAUUGUCUUAGUCAGGCAUACAUUUGUUUGGUGUUAAGAAAUUAUCAGAUUGAGGGCUGGGAUUGUGGCUCAGUGGUAGAGUGCUUGCCAAGCAUGUGCAAGGCACUGGGUUCAAUUCUCAGCACCUCAUAUAAUUAAAUAAAAUAAAGGUCCAUCAACAACUAAAAAAAUAUUUUAAAAAAGAAUUAUCAGAUUGAACCAGGUGUGGUGACACAUGCCUAUAAUCCCAGUGACUUGAAGGCUGAGGCAGGAGGAUCUCAAGUUCCAGGCCAGCCUUGUCAACUUUGCAAGACUGUCUGGAAAUAAAAAGGGCUGGGUGGUAAGUGCCCCUAGGUUCAAUCCUCAGUACCACACACACAAAAAAUAAAUACCAGAUUGAAUCAACUACUUAACUUGUAAAACCUUUGAUUUGACUUAACCAGCACACCUAACCUGGUUUGGAUUUUAACAAAAAAAUUAACUCACAAAUUAAAAAAAAAAAAAGGUGUUAGAUUUGUUUGGUAUUGCCAAUCCUUAAACAACAAUCUUUGCCAUGGUGGCUAUUCUCCAAAAGGGCUCUGGCAGAAGUAUAUUUGACUUUAAGAUUUUGCCUAAAGAGUGGAAUUUGAUAGCAAUGAACUCCAAAACAAAAUAUGAACGGGAACAAACAGUUAACCCCUCUCAGCCUCUUUGUAAUGCCAAGCUUUAUAGAAAUUUAUUCCUUAUGUGGUCUUGAGCUUUUUUAUGUCCAAUUUUAUAAAAUGUUAUGCAUGCAAACGCAGCAUUGUGCUCAUUGUACCAGUCGCCUCAAACUCAUUCCUUCCUCCGUAUGUGUGAUGGUGAAGAAAUAUCAAUAUGUAUGUUCUGAUGUCUCCUGAUCAAUUGUAAAUUGCAAACCUUUUCAUUAAUUUUUCAAUGAGAUAUAGUUACUCUGGCUAGUAGUUAAGAUUUUAUUCUUUUUAUUAUAUUUCAUUGCUACUAUUUUCUACUGACUCCAAAACUUACUUUGGGGAAUAUUUCUUAUUUGAAGAUUGUUGUAUUUAUCUUAUUUCUAUAUUUAUCUAUAGUCACAGAAUGUUAGAGUUGAAAGGGACCAACCUCUCUCAUUCCAUAGAUGAGGAAACUGAGACCAGAAUGGUCAAAUAGCUUACCUAAGGUCACGCAGUGAGCCAGAGGCAGGGUCCAACCUCAAUUCCAGGUCUCCUGCCUCUAGACUGAAUGUUUUGUCACUUAAAGCACUAUGUUUAUAGAAUACUCACAGCUGUCUUCUACUUUUAUGAUGUGUGAAUUUCCCAGGUAUUUCAGACAACUAAUAUCUAUAUGCUUUAAGAAAAAAUGCUCAAGAGUACUUUAGUUCAUGAAUCCAAAGAUAAAUCUGAUUUUUAGUUUAGAAACUUUUGUUCCCUCCAUAUUCAGUAUCUGUGCCCUACUUUGUAUAGUGGAUGUUCUACCUAAAAAUUGUGUGAAAUGGGAUUUUAUGGAUCAAAUUUCAUUUUUAGUAGGGAGGUUUCCCUACUAAAGGGAAUCUUCUGGGGAUUUCUUUUGAAAAACCAAGACUCCUCUUGUUCCUUAAUGUUUCUAUUUUUUAGUGUGAACUUUUGUAUUUGGUGUUUAUUUAAGUAGGGCAAACCAAUAUUAGCUUUCAUAGAAUCUACUUGAGCCUGCCUUCCUUAAUCUUUAUGAGAAAAUUUCAGAUUGCUAGAUGCUCAUGCAUUACUCAGCUGUAUUCUAGAAACUUCACUUGGUUUGAUAUUUUGUCAAUCCCUGGGCUCAAACUCCAUCUUUGUCUUGUCAAAAAAUAACAGAGUUUCCUAAUCAGUACUGAGCUCUGUAUGCAGUAUCUUUUCCAGAAUAUUCUUUGCCUAAUGUUCCUAAGUCUGGCUCUCUCUAGCUAUCCUUCCAUAGUUCACACAUAACUUACUAUUCUGUGGACUUGCAGGCAGUGCACUUUGAGGGUUGUGCCAGUCAUAUUGAAUGGUAUUUCCAGUUAUUUUUAUCAUCCCCCUGUUUCUCCUGGACCUCCUCUGGUUUCCCUUUUCAGGCACACUCAGAGGCUUUUUAGCAGAGAUUGGUGGGAUUUCCACCAUCAUCUAGACCAGAGACUGACAAAUUUUUUUCUGCAAAGGCCAGACAGUAACUGUUGUAAGCUUUCUAGACCACAUACAGUCUCUAACACAUUUUUAUUUGCUGUUACUGUUUGUUUGUUCCUUCAUUUGUUUUACAACCCUUGGAAAAUGUAAAAACAAGUCAGCUUAUGGGUCAUACAAAAUCUCGGGCUGAACUUGGUUUGCUUGUCAUCAUUAGCUGACUCCUGGUUCAGACUUAUUUUCUGGAAUAGGUAUUUCUAUAACCUGUCACAUGUGAUAAGUGGUUUGUGUGCCAGAUGAUGUGGCUCACUGCCCUUAUAUCUCCUGCAUCAUCAGACCAGUCUGACUGCACAGGGCAGGGGGAAAGGGGCUGCAUGUGCCAAUCAUUACAAUGGAUGUCCCUCAUUGACUCACUCUCAUUACUGACUACCUCAGUGUAGAAACACUCAUUCUUUUCUCUGGAUCUGUCCUUAUUUCUCGUUUUUCAGUGUUCCUCUGCCUCAUCAGGUUGGGAGUGAGGUGGUAGGAUAGAAUGAAUUCUGAGUUUUUUUAUUUCUUUAGUCCUGUCAUUGCUCCACACACCUUGGGCCCCCCUCUCUGCCAUCACAAGUUUAGGACUAUCAUUAGAAAGUCUGGUUAUGUAGGCUAUAAAUUCCAAUCCAAUCUAUGAUUUCCUAGAGAAACCACCAGUUUUCCUGGUUCCAAAGGCUGGUUUUAAAACUCAGAAUGUCCAUGUGUUUAUUUCCUAAAAUGAUUCAGACCUAGCACUAGACAGAGUACUCAGCCCUGACAAGAAAACCAAUGAGGUACAGAAGGUAUUCUGUGCCUACAGUUUUUCCCUGUUUCCUGGGCCCCCAGCCCCUGGGUUGAGCUCCUUGGGAUGUCCCAUGCAGUGGCAAACCUGAAGAUAUUCAGCCCACCAUCUCCUGUUUCGUAAACCUCUAAAAUGCUUCCCAAAAUUCCUUCACAUUUUUUCACCUGACUCCCAUCUCCACCCCUCCAUACUACUUGGGGGUCUGAAGCUUAGAUUCACGUUUUCAUAUUCACUUGUAUAAACUUUGGGACAUAGGAAUGGAUGAGAAGGUGUGUGCCUGUGUAUGUGAGUGUGGUUUCUCCACCUGGACUGUGAGGGCCACUUUCACUAAUCAAUCACACAUGCACACAUGUACACCAUCCAGCUCUCUCAUCAGUCUUCUGGUCCAGGGCCAGUUCUGCUGGGACUGGUUAAGGAGAACAGAUGGUGGGGUUCCUAAGGCAUCUCCCCUUUCUUGUCUUUUGAGACCUUUCCAUUGGCUUUUGUUGGCUCCUUCCCAGGGAGCCAUUUGAAGAAACUCCUCUGUGACACUUCUGGACAGGUCAGUGCACAGAAAGCCAGGACUUCAAUUCAGUGUGGACUCAGUCACUCAGAAAUAGCCCUCACAUUGCAGCUUUUCCUAACUCAGCAAAUUUGCUUCUUAGGGUCUUUAGUUUGAUUUCUGUCACUUGAGCCCAGGGAUCUACCCACUUACUGAAAUAUAAUUUUUUUUAAAAAUCAGAGACACAAGUAACUUUCAGGAUUUCCCUAUUUUAAAGCACCCAUGAAAUAGUCCCUUUCUAUCUUCUGUUUAGGAUUUCCAUAAUUAGAAAGGGAAACCAGGUUUGUGCCUUGGACCUAAAAGGAGCCCCCCUACCAAAAGCAAAAUGAGGACUGAGGAUUGGCCAGUCCUACUGUACAGAGCCAGGAGGCAGAAUUUCGUUAAGUUAGCACUUACAUUCAGUGCUUACUAAGUGCCAGCAAUGCACUUAAGACAAACAAGGGAGAGAGGAAUUUACAGACCAGUAUCCUAAACUGUAAGGAAGAGGUAAGGUGAUUCCUCCAGUGACAAGAAUGUAUCCUUGGAACAGAAUUUCAAGAAGAAGCAGAAACUGAGAGAGACCACAAUCCCAGUCUUGGUAGGAUUCCAACACAAAAUGGAAGGGAGCCCUCUGUGGGGUGAUAUUACAAAGGGUUUUACUUGUCUUUCUUUUUCUUUUCUUUUUUUAAAAAGCAUUCCUUACUGGCUUGCUACCAGCAAUUGAACUGUAUUCUUUAUAUAGCUAAAGCUGUUUGUGUCUUCUUAAAAUAAACUUUUUCUGUUAAAUCGUU